AUGGAGGAGACCCGGGCCCAAACAUCCGGAUGCCCCCCCGAGCACGAGAGUCCCAGGAGAACCACCGCAGGGACAACCGCGGCCCCCACCCAGAAAAGGGCAGAGGAGGGCCCGGAGGGGGAUCAUCCGGCAGCCACAAUGCAGACGUCCCAGGGGGGCGUGGCGGCAAGCCCGCAGGUUCCGCCGGCAGCCGGCCACACCAGAGCACCACCCCCUAGCCGGGGCCCAGCAAAGCCAGGGGGGCCAGGCCCCGCCAAGCAACCGCCGAGAUCGGGCCAGCGCUCACCCGAGCAUCCCGCCCGGAGCGAGAAACCACCAACGCACCGGCGGCCGGGGGCAUCCUCCACCGGCAGGGCGUGGCACCACUACCCCCAGAGGGGCAAUCAGCGCCAGACCCCGGAGCUGAACCCUCUUCACUCUGGCGUGGAGACAGGAAGACCACCCCGGUACCCCGCAGCAGCAGAGAAGACCACCAGCCCAGACCCCGACCGGAUGGCCAGCUCGUCCUCACAGCCCCCAGCCCCGGACAAAGAACAGAGAACAGGGGUGGCCACAAGGAGACAGAGGAGUACCACCUCCCCUGCAUCCCAGCAACACACCCGCACCCCAAAACCCUACCUGUAUGUUGGUGUGAUGGAGCGGGAGAAGGGAAGCAUUAGGGAUGGGGAGGAAAUCAUUGGAGGGGGCAAAGCACCCCCGUUGCCCCAAAUCUGCCCAGGGCAGGGGGCCCAGGCCCAUCCAGACCGGGGCCCAGGCCCAUCCAGACCGGGGCCCAGGCCCAUCCAGACCGGGGCCCACGGCAGCCCGGGCGGCCCACCGGACCCCACAGCAGAGGAAAAACUACCCCCACCCCAUCAUUCAGUCAACUCCCAGACUACAGAAGACAAUAGACACCCAGGUUAA